CGCUGUGGUAGAAAUCAAGAGUUGGAGGGCUUUCCGGUGUAUUGAUGCCUUAUUGAUAAUGGCAGAACACCCGCCUUUGCUAGACACAGCUCAGAUUUUAAGUAGCGACAUCUCUCUUCUGUCUGCCCCUAUUGUAAGUGCAGAUGGAACACAACAGGUUAUUCUGGUACAAGUUAAUCCAGGGGAAGCAUUUACAAUAAGAAGAGAAGAUGGACAGUUUCAGUGCAUUACAGGUCCUGCUCAGGUUCCAAUGAUGUCCCCAAAUGGUUCCGUGCCUCCUAUUUAUGUGCCUCCUGGAUAUGCCCCACAGGUUAUUGAAGACAAUGGUGUUCGGAGAGUCGUUGUGGUUCCGCAAUCACCAGAGUUUCAUCCUGGUGGCCACACAGUUAUCCACCGCUCCCCACAUCCUCCUCUGCCUGGUUUCAUUCCCGUCCCAACCAUGAUGCCCCCUCCACCACGCCAUAUGUACUCACCAGUGACUGGAGCUGGCGACAUGGCAACACAGUAUAUGCCACAGUAUCAGUCUUCACAAGUAUAUGCAGAUGUAGAUGCCCACUCUACACAUGGCAGGUCCAACUUUAGAGAUGAAAGAUCUACUAAAACAUAUGAACGUUUGCAGAAAAAGUUAAAGGAUCGCCAAGGAACCCAGAAAGAUAAAAUGAGCAGCCCGCCACCAUCACCUCAGAAAUGCCCUUCUCCCAUAAGUGAACACAAUGGACUCAUAAAAGGGCAGAACACCAGUGGUGUGAACACAGGAUCUGCAAGAAACAGAUCGGGGCGCGGGAGAGGCUGUACACAGGUUGACCAAGAAGUAGAAGAAAAAGAUGAAGAAACUAAAGCGUUUGAAGCGUUUCUUUCCAACAUCGUCAGACCAGUGGCCUCAGACAUUCAGGCAAGGACAGUCCUGCUCACCUGGUCACCUCCUUCCAGCUUCGUUAACGGUGAAGUGACCGAGACAACUGUACCAGAGUUCUUCAAUUAUGAAAUCCUGGUGUCGAGCACUGGGAAGGAAGGGAAAUACAGAAGUGUUUAUGUAGGAGAAGAAACAAGUGUCACUUUAAAUGAUCUCAAACCAGCCACAGAUUACCAUGCAAAAGUGCAGGCAGAGUCCAAUUCGAUCAAGGGAAUCCCAUCAGAAGCUGAAAGCUUUACGACCUUAAGCUGUGAGCCGGACACCCCCAAUGCACCGAGGAUAGCUAACAGAACCAAAAAUUCUCUCACGUUGCAGUGGAAGGCACCUAGUGACAAUGGUUCUAAUCAAAGCUUUAUUUUAGAAUGGGAUGAAGGGAAAGGAAGUGGAGAAUUCUGUCAGUGUUACAUGGGCUCACAGAAGCAAUUUAAAAUUACCAAACUCUCACCAGCAAUGGGUUGUAAAUUUAGAUUAUCAGCCAAAAAUGACUAUGGUGUAAGUGAUUUUAGUGAAGAGGUCUUAUACUACACCUCAGGCUGUGCCCCCUCUGUACCUGCAAGUCCUGUGCUGACCAAGGCUGGAGUUACUUGGCUGUCCCUACAGUGGACUAAGCCCUCAGGAACACCAUCAGAUGAAGGGAUUUCUUACAUUUUAGAGAUGGAGGAGGAAACAUCAGGGUAUGGCUUUAAGCCGAAAUAUGAUGGAGAAGAUCUUGCUUACACAGUGAAAAAUCUGAGACGAAGUACAAAGUAUAAAUUUAAGGUCAUUGCUUAUAACUCAGAAGGUAAAAGCAAUCCUAGUGAAGUAGUGGAAUUCAGUACCUGCCCUGAUAAACCAGGAGUACCUGUGAAGCCUUCGGUUAAAGGGAAGAUACACUCACACGGUUUUAAAAUUACUUGGGAUCCACCAAGAGACAAUGGAGGGGCGCCCAUCAACAAGUAUGUGGUGGAGAUGGCAGAAGGCUCUAAUGGAAGCAAAUGGGAUAUGAUCUACAGUGGCGCCACCAGGGAACAUCUUUGUGACCGGCUGACUCCAGGCUGCUACUACCGCCUGCGGGUUUACUGCAUUAGUGAUGGAGGGCAGAGUGCGGUCUCUGAAUCUUUACUUGUGCAGACUCCAGCUGUGCCUCCUGGCCCAUGCCUCCCUCCCAGGUUGCAGGGUAGACCCAAAGCAAAAGAAAUACAGUUACGAUGGGGACCUCCUCAGGUUGACGGCGGAUCACCCAUUUCCUGUUAUGCAGUAGAAAUGACUCCUGCAGAUAAAGAUGAGCCCAGAGAUGUCUACCAAGGCUCUGAAGUGGAGUGUACAGUGAGCAGCCUUCUUCCUGGAAAGACGUACAGCUUCAGACUUCGUGCAGCAAACAGAAUAGGGUUUGGACCAUUUUCAGAAAAAUACGAUAUCACUACAGCUCCUGGGCCACCCGACCAGUGCAGACCCCCUCAAGUGACAUGCAGAUCUGCAACUUGUGCACAAGUGAAUUGGGAGAUUCCUUUGAGUAACGGAACUGACGUCACUGAGUACCGGCUGGAAUGGGGAGGAGUUGAAGGAAGUAUGCAGAUAUGUUAUUGUGGACCUGGCCUCAGUUGUGAAUUAAAAGGACUUUCACCAGCUACUACCUAUUACUGCAGAGUCCAAGCUUUGAGUGUUGUAGGUGCGGGUCCCUUCAGUGAAGUUGUAGCCUGUGUGACGCCACCGUCGGUUCCUGCCAUUGUGACUUGUCUUCAGGAAAUACGUGAUGAUGAUAUAGAAUAUCCCCAUUACUCACCCUCCACCUGCCUUGCAAUUAGCUGGGAAGAGCCUUACGACCAUGGCUCAGAAAUCCUUGCCUAUAGCAUAGACCUUGGAGACAAGCAGCCCUUGACAGUGGGGAAGGUGACAAGCUAUGUCAUAAACAGUUUGCAACCAGAUACAACAUACAGAAUACGAAUUCAAGCCUUGAAUAGCCUUGGAGCUGGGCCUUUCAGCCAUACUAUUAAAUUAAAAACUAAGCCCCUUCCUCCUGAUCCACCUCGGCUGGAAUGUGUUGCCUUUAACCACCAGAACCUUAAGCUUAAAUGGGGAGAAGGAACUCCAAAGACGUUAGCAACAGAUGCUGUUCAGUACCACCUUCAGAUGGAAGAUAAGAAUGGAAGGUUUGUCUCCCUGUACAGAGGGCCUUGUCAUACGUACAAAGUACAAAGGCUCAGUGAAUCCACGUCCUACAAGUUCUGUAUUCAAGCUUGCAAUGAAGCUGGGGAAGGUCCUCUGUCCCAAGAGUACAUUUUCACUACUCCAAAAUCUGUUCCAGCUGCCUUGAAAGCCCCUAAAAUAGAGAAAAUAAAUGACCACAUUUGUGAAAUUACAUGGGAAUAUUUACAGCCAAUGAAGGGUGACCCGGUUAUUUAUAAUCUUCAAGUUAUGGUGGGAAAAGAUUCAGAAUUCAAGCAGAUUUACAGGGGCCCUGAUACUUCAUUCCGGUAUUCCAGCCUUCAGCUGAAUUGUGAGUAUCGAUUUCGAGUGUGUGCCAUUCGCCAAUGCCAAGACCCUGCAGGGCACCAGGACCUCGUAGGUCCCUACAGCACCACAGUGUUCUUCAUCUCCCAGAGGACAGAGCCGCUGGCCAGCAGCCACAGAGACACUGUGGACAGUGCACGGACCCGGCGCACUCUAAGUGACGAGCAGUGUGCCGCAGUCAUCCUGGUGUUGUUUGCUUUCUUUUCCAUUCUGAUUGCCUUUAUCAUUCAGUACUUUGUAAUCAAGUGAAAAUAUAACUUUAUUUUUAACACUGUAUUA